GCCAAUUAUAAAAAGGGGCCAUGAAGGAUAAGACCGAAGGAAAAAAAAAGAAUAAUAAAAAAAUCUUGAAAAUUUGUGUGACUCUUGCCGAAUCUGCGUUGUACUCGUCAGUGUUCUUGCUGCGUAGUUUCUCUCGCAUUCCUAGCCAAACCAAAAACAAAAAGCGAUUGAUGGGCACGUCUCCACUGUCGCUGCCCUAUUCAGUGCCACACACACAGAUAUUUUCCAAUUUUCAUCUCUAAUUGAAACGGGUCCAGGUUGGAGUUCACUGUUUCAGCUCACUCUUCCACGAGAUGAUACCUCUUCACGUGAUUUUGUGUCUUAGCUUUUCAUCAAAUCGAAUUUCACCUUCUCAGAGAGAAUUACUCAGAAAUCUAUGGCGUUUACGGUGAUUAUCACUUGGAUUUCUGGGUGAUCUGCUUCUUUCUAUCUUUGUUUUGAUUCCAAUUUUCUGUUGGGUGUCUUUGAGUUCUGGGUGCUCUGUUUAAUUGGGUUUUCCUCGAAGAACACGUGGUUGGGUACCACAUGGGAUUGGAACCAAUCGGUACACCGAGGAGAGCCGUAGAAUUCAUGCAACAAGUAGUAGGUACCUGGACCACAUGGCUCUCAUAGAACAGUCAUUGAACAGGCGGUACUCGCUCUAUGUUCACGAAGAGCUCGACGAAUUGUCUGAGAGUUUCACAAUCACUGACCCCAGCAUCUCGGGCCACCCAAUCGUGUUCGCGAGCCUCGGGUUCCUAAAAAUGUCGGGGUACUCGAAAGAGGAGGUGAUCGGCAAGAAUGGCAGGGUAUUCCAGGGCCCCAGGACCAACCGAAGGUCGGUUAUGGAGAUUCGCGAAGCGAUUCGGGAGGAGAGGCCGAUACAGAUCAGUCUGUUGAACUAUCGUAAAGACGGGACACCCUUUUGGAUGCUGUUUCAUAUGAGCCCGGUUUUUAGCAAAGAUGAUGGCAGCGUGAUUCAUUUCGUGGGAGUUCAGGUGCCGAUUUCGCCGAAGCCGAGGCGGUCGAGGAGUGGGGUUGGAAGAAAUGGGGUGAAUUUGUGUGAGGAUGGGUCUAGGAUGAGAGGUGACAUCGUGUUUGGGUCGUGUAGGAGGGAAGUGUGCUCGGAUUCGUUGGUGGAGUUGGGUCCUGUUUUGGAUUUGGAGUCGGUCUUGGAUUCUGAUAGUAGAGGAUUAGAUAUUGAAGAGACAUGUGAGGCAAGCGAUCUAGAGAAGCAAAGAGCUGCAAAUGCCAUUGAGAACAUCUCCUCUUUGCUAACCCGCUACAGCGAGAUAACAGGCAGAUUGGUGUGUGAAAGGAGAUGCAGCUUACCUGGGGCAGGCGUUCUCAGUUCAUCCUUAAUUAUUUCUCUUGGUAGAAUCAAACAAAGCUUUGUAUUAACUGACCCGCACUUACCUGACAUGCCUAUAGUUUAUGCAAGUGAUGCCUUCUUAAGAUUGACAGGUUAUGCUAGACGUGAAGUGUUGGGGCACAAUUGUAGAUUUUUAAGUGGAGAGGAUACGGAUCCCUCAACUUUAUCUAAGAUGAAGGAGAGCAUUCGAGUUGAGCAGGCAUGCACAGUACGUAUCUUAAAUUACAGGAAGGACAAGAGUUCAUUUUGGAAUUAUCUUCAUAUAUCACCUGUUCGUAAUGCUUCUGGAAAGAUAGCAUACUUUGUGGGUGUUCAGAUAGAAGAAGGCUGCAAAGACCAGGUCAGACAUGGUCUGAGCCCUGAGAUGAGGCAGCUUGGUGCAGUUGGCGCAGUAAGGGUAGCAGUAAGGAGUUUAUCAAUAGGUGCUGGUCCUUCAAUGUCAUAGGAGAACCUCUGCAUUCUUUGCUGCCGAUUGUAGUCCAUAAUGUCACAGGAGAGUUGAAAAGGCACAUAGUAAAAUGAUUUGUCACACGAGUGGACCCCUGUUACAUUCAUAUGGUUUUAUAUAAUAAUGUUUCAAUAUAAGGUUGAAGCUUCGAGUCA